AGAGACCAACGGCCGCCAUUAUUGGGAAGCUGAAAAAAACCACAUUCACACACACACGCACCGUCACUGAAUUUCGCCUUUAUGCUGGGUGAAGUCUUUUUCCCCGCUGGAGAGAAUCGCGCUGUGCUUCAUCAGACUAUUUGUUGACGGCUGAGAUGUGUAAUAAACAUGGGCAACUCGAGAUGUUUUGGACACAACAAAGGAAAUUAUAAGUGCUCAAAAACAACGUGGUGAACCCAAGGGACGAAAGAACGAUACAGAGUUUCCCCCCCUCUCUCUUUCAACGCCUCAUCCUUUCCAACAAGAAACAUAGUGACCAGAUGUUUCUUUUUGUCUUUUGUGCGGCAUUUGGGCUAAGAAAAACAAACUGUUCAAAAAAACUUUGAGAGAUUGCAAUCCGUCAUUUAAAGAAGAGGUUUGUGUUGGGAUACAGAACCGCUACAGAAGGGAAACGUUGUUUAAGGGAGUACUGCUGGACUAUUUGUCAUUAUUAGUCAGUUUUCCAUCUAGAUGAAUUUCCUGAGCCGGUUGCUGCUGCAGAUAAAGGAGUGAGGAAGGCAUGCUGAGGGUCCAAUCCAGGGUGGACAAACCUGAAACCUACUGUGUCAAAGAGCCCCUGAAGAGAGGAGAUGGGCUGGAAUAUUACUGCCUGCAGCUCACCCGCCUAGAUCCACAGUGCCUCUUCUCCCCCACUCUCUCCAUUCUUCCCCUUCUAAACCUCUGCCAAACACUUGGAUGGACAAAUGACUCUGGAUUUUAAAUUUGUCCUUUAAGGGCAUUGGACAAACUGGCCCUGCAUGAAAAAAUCCCUAAAAGCAACUUUCAGAAUCUUUAGAAAUUCACUUUGCCAGGCCUGAAAGCACUUGGAUGGAAUAUCAGCCCAGCAGCUUUCAAAUUAAAGCUUCUGGGAAUAGCAAGAUGAGCACUGUCAUUCAGUGAUGAUGGCAAAAAAACAAGAUGCCCGGGCACCAACCUACAACCUUGUUGUGGUAGGUUUGUCCGGAACCGAGAAAGAAAAGGGGCAGUGCGGGGUGGGCAAGUCCUGCCUUUGUAAUCGCUUUGUCCGCCCCAGUGCUGAUGAUUUUUAUUUGGACCAUACAUCUGUUUUAAGCACAAGUGACUUUGGUGGUAGAGUGGUAAACAAUGACCACUUCCUGUUUUGGGGCGAGGUGUUACGAACGUCGGAAGAGGGUGCUGAGUGCCGAAUGCAUGUGGUGGAGCAGACAGAGUUCAUUGAUGACCAGACGUUCCAGCCACAUCGAAGUACUGCCUUACAGCCCUAUAUCAAGCGGGCAGCUUCCACCAAACUGGCCUCUGCUGAGAAGCUAAUGUAUUUCUGUACAGAUCAGCUAGGGCUAGAACAAGACUUUGAGCAGAAGCAAAUGCCUGAAGGCAAGCUUUUAGUAGAUGGAUUCUUACUCUCUGUAGAUGUGAGUAGGGGAAUGAACCGUAACUUUGAUGACCAGAUGAAGUUUGUCACCAAUCUAUAUAACCAGCUAGCUAAGACCAAGAAGCCAGUUGUACUUGUGCUGACUAAGUGUGAUGAAGGGGUUGAGCGGUAUAUUAAAGACUCUCACACCUUUGCCUUGACCAAGAAAAACUUGCAGGUUGUUGAGACUUCUGCACGCUCUAAUGUUAAUGUUGACUUGGCCUUCCUUACCUUGGUGCAGUUGAUAGAUAAGAGUCGAGGGAAACCUAAGAUAAUUCCUUACUUUGAAGCCCUGAAACAGCAGAGUCAGCAGAUAGCAUCCGCCAAGGAUCGCUACGAGUGGCUGAUCAGCCGUAUUGUGAAGAACCAUAAUGAGACAUGGCCCAACAUCAACCGCAGAAUGCAGACUUCCCCUGAGUACAAAGACUAUGUCUUCCUUGAGGGUACUUCCAAAGCCAAGAAGUUAUUUCAACAACAUGUGCACAGGCUCAAGCAGGAGCACAUAGAAAAGCGGCGCAGAAUGUAUCUCAGCACUCUCCCACAAGCUCUCAACUGCUUGGUUGCAGACCUGGAUGAGAUCGAUCACCUGAGCUGGUCAGGAGUACAAAAAGUUCUAGAGACUAAGCGUGAGUUCUCUCACUGGUUUGUUGUGUUGGAUGACACACCGUGGGAAACUACACCACACAUUGACAACAUGGAAGAUGAGCGUAUUCCCCAGGACCUUUUGGAAACCCCAGCAGCAGAGGCAAUCUAUGAGAAUCACUUAGAGCACCUACAUAAUGAGCGAAAGCGGGCAGAGAUGCGAUGGGAUUUCAAAGAGAAACUUGCUUCAUCACCAUUUGUUACACCUGGCAAACCCUGGGAGGAAGCCCGUAGCUUCAUUAUGAAUGAGGAGUUUUAUCAGUGGCUAGAUGAGCCAGAGUACCUUGGUAUCUAUAGCAAACACCAGAAGGUUAUUGUUGACCAAGCCAAAGAGGACUUCCAAGAACUUUUACUGGAGUACUCAGAGCUGUUCUAUGAGCUUGAAGUUGAUGCUAAGCCCAGUAAGGAAAAAAUGGGUGCCAUCCAGGAGGUUCUUGGAGAGGAGCAGAGGUUUAAGGCCCUCCAAAAGCUUCAGGCUGAGAGAGAUGCCCUGGUGCUCAAGCAUAUCCAUUUUGUCUACCAUCCUACCAAGGAAACAUGUCCCAGCAGUCCUCAUUGUGUGGAUGGCAAAAUCGAGCAACUUUUAGCCCUUCGUUUUCCCACACGAUAUUCCUUUGAGGGGAACACAAAAUCCCAGUUUGGUGAGGGGAAGGUAGAUAGAAUUAAUCUUGUAAUUCUUGGCAAAGAUGGACUUGCAAGAGAGUUAGCUAACGAGAUCCGAGCACUGUGCACCAAUGAUGAACGGUACAUGCUAGAUGGAAGGACUUAUGAACUGGCUCUUCGACCUAUAGAGGGAAAUGUAUGCUUUCCAGUGAACUCCUUCCACACCCCUACUUUUUCUCCACAUGGGUGCCUCUGCCUCUACAACUCCAAGGAAUCCUUAUCCUACAUUGUUGACAGCAUUGAGAAAUUACGGGAAUCAACCAUAGGUCGAAGGGACAGUAGCCUGGUUCAGCUCCCUUUGUCUCUUCUGUUGGUCACCAAAAGGGGUGUGGGUUCAAUUGCAGACAUUGGAGGUGAAACUGCUCAAAGCCUGAUUCAACAUGGUCAGCAAGUUGCAGGCAAAUUUCAGUGCAGUUAUUUGGAGCCUGCUUCUCCAGGUGUAGGCUAUGGCCGUAAUAUAAAUGAAAAGCAUUUAAACCAGGUUCUUAAAGGUCUCUUAGACACUCGGAGACCCGCAGUUAGUCUAGGAAGUAGCUCCCCACCCUUAUUGCCUCCACUUGCAAGUUUCAGAGACUCUCAGCAGGCAUUAGAGGCUGACUUGCGAAUCGUAAUGUGUCUCAUGUGUGGUGACACUUAUGAUGUUGACCAGCUUCUUUCACCAUUCUUGCUGCCCCAGCAUUGUCGGCCUUCUUCCAGUCUUUCCAGUGGAACAUCAGUGAUGCUGGAUUUAUCUGUUGGUGGCCAAAGGCAAAGCAUUGAUCUAGCUGUGCUAUCUUAUCACUCAUCUUUCUCCUUGCGUAAAAGCAGAUUAGUGCAUGGUUACAUAGCAGUAUACUCAGCCAAACGAAAAGCUUCCAUGGAAACCCUUUGUGCCUUCCUAUGUGAGGUCCAGGACAUUAUUCCAGUUCAGCUGCUUGCCGUUGCAGAGUCUCAGUCAGAACUUGCAGAAUCUGAGGCAGUCCGGGAACAGCUUGUCCAAAUGGAGGAAUUGGCUCAUGAUAUUGAGGGCCGUUUCAGCUCUGUGAUCUGUGGACCUGGUGGGGUCGUGGGAGGCUUGCAUCGGAUGGACCACUUCCAGCCAUUCUUCAAGGAGGUAGUGGAGAAAAGAACCAUUGUUGAGGCAACACACAUGUAUGACAAUGUUGCAGAGAAUGUCACUAAUGAGAAUGUUUCUUCACCUCGAUGUAGCUCUCCAAGCACCACUUUGCUGGACUCAGAAGAUGACAUUGAGCCCUCCUCACCUUAUCCCACCCUUAGAGAUGAUUGCACCUUGACUCAUGUUGGAGGUUUCAAGCUCCCUGAUCUGGAAGGUGAUGCCUUCUCACUUUUCUCUGAGAUCACUACCUUUGAAAACAAGCUAAACAACAAAGUCCCACCUCAGGUGCGACCAAAGCCCAAUGUCACCUUCGACAUCCCCAAACCUCCAAACUACAGUUCGUACAUGGACUUGGGGGUUAACAGGCGCUCAUUACCGUCGGUCACCUGGCCACCAGGAAGUGAAGGUGGUUAUGAUCCAUCUGACUAUGCCGAGCCCAUGGAUGCAGUAGCAAAGCCUCGUCCUACAGAGGAGAAUAUUUAUUCUGUACCACAUGAUAGCACACAGGGCAAGAUCAUAACUAUUCGCAACGCAAACAAGAGUCAUGCUAACGGUGCUGGCAAUGGCUCGGACAGUGAGGCUGAUAGCAGUUCAUUAGAGCGUAGACGAAAACUGUCUGCUCUUGGAAUAAAACCUCGUCUGUACCGUGAUCGCUCCAAACGCCUGGGCAAGUUUAGCAGCUUCCGCACAAGUUUCAUCGGCAGUGAUGAUGAGCUUGGGGGCCUCCCCAAGACUAAAGAGGAUGAGCUUGGGGCACAAAAAGGGGACAGCUCCCUAAAUGAGGAAGGCGAGGACCCAAAAAGAAGGAAUAUCUUGAGAAGUCUGCGCAGAACUACAAAGAAAACCCGGCCAAAGGCUCGCCAGUCUUCGCUGUCUAAACCAAUUGAGAGUAACUACUUUGGAGUUCCCUUGGCCAAUGUUGUUACACCUGAUCGACCUAUUCCACUCUUCAUUGAAAAGUGCAUUCGUUACAUUGAGACUACAGGGUUGAGCACAGAAGGGAUCUACAGGGUGAGUGGAAAUAAGGCAGAGAUGGAGAGCAUGCAGCGACAGUUUGACCUGGACAAUAACAUUGAUCUGAUUGAGAAGGACAUGUCUGUGAACACAGUGGCUGGAGCAAUGAAAAGCUUCUUCUCAGAGCUGCCUGAUCCUCUGGUACCGUACAGCAUGCAGGUGGAACUAGUCGAGGCCUUCAAGAUCAAUGAUCGAGAGCAGCGUCUGCACACCAUGAAGGACGUGCUUCGCAGGUUUCCUCGAGAAAACUAUGAUGUCUUCAAAUACGUCAUCACUCACCUGAACAAGGUCAGUCAACACAGCCGCCUGAACCUGAUGACCAGUGAAAAUUUGUCGAUCUGUUUCUGGCCGACACUAAUGCGGCCCGAUUUCACCACCAUGGAUGCUUUGACGGCCACACGCACCUACCAGACAAUCAUCGAGACCUUCAUCCACCAGUGUGCUUUCUUCUUCUACAAUCAACCCUUGGCCGAAACCCCCAGUGGCCUGCCCGGACAGCCUGCCUCCCCAACCGCCACCUUAUCUUCUGCAUCUUCCAUGCCAAGCUCCACCUACACUGCCUGUUAUGCCCCAUCCCCGCCCUUCAGCCCCGCCCAACAGUCUCCGCCCCAUUCCCAUUGUCCACCCCCUACCCCACAAUCCCCAAUUCAGAGCCUACUGCCUCCGCUGCACCCCCCCCACCACACCUAUACGGAACAACACACGCUGUGAACCUGCUGACAACGAGAAGGAAAAUGUUGGGAGAAACACAUUGGGAGCACUGAAAGAGAUUAAGUGAAUGGAAGAGAUUUUCAGGGAUUUUAGAGGAGAUUGCGUGGCUGUGCCUGACGUAUUACGAGCAAAAGCAGUAGAGGAGACAGAAAGAGAGGUCAAGACUCCCUGAGCCACUUCAAACACACUUCAUCAAUCUCUUUCUAGAUCAUUCUACUCUAAAAUUACAGCACUUCUCUGCUCUUUGACCCCCCCGCCCCCAAUGCUUCUCACACACACAGACAACUUCAUGAAGUAUCGUACCCCCAAACUCAAUCUUGGUUCCAUAGAUCCACAUUUUUCUUCGCUGAUUGGUCAAGGAGGUGACCAAUGGCGUCAAGGGGUGAGGUGUACUUGAAUCCCCCUCAUAUAUGGGUGACCAAUGUACAUGACCUCCUAGGAUUAAGGUUUAGGGUGUCAACAGGGUGGCUUAUAUAUUCACCAGAUUUUUGUUGUAGCUUUUGACCACUGUUAUUCUCAGAAAAAAAAGAAGAAAAAAAAUCUGUCUGCUUUUUUCUGAUCACAUUCCUACCCCUUAUUUAUCCAGUUUCGCUCGCAACAAACAUUUCAAUAGAGACAAAAUGCCAAGACACAAAAACGCAACUAGAACUUGACAAACUGGAUCUGUUUUUGCUGGGAGGAUGUACGUGGAAUGCUUUUUACACGGCAUCCUGGGAUUUGAAGUCUUUUCCGCAUUGUCUCUGCUCACCUCUGUCCUCAAUGAGCCUCCAGAAUAUGCUGAAAGACUAAUGCUUCUUUUAUUGCAGAAUGUCUUUGUUACCACACAAUCCUGUGUUUCCUACUCUAUGAGGAUCUGCCUUCAUUGGCUAUUCAUUUGGGAGAUGUAUUAUCCAUCUCUGUUGAGGUCUUAUUACACAUAAACACAGGAAGUCCCUUCUUCUAGCUCAUGUUCAGAUACAGUAUGCAUACUGCUUUUUUGUAUAGGUAAGGAUUAUUGACAGAGGGGUGAACCCAUGGCAUCUAGAGUAAAAACCCUAAACAGUCAGUGGCAUUGCUAGGAUGGGUUGGGCUGUGGUCCACAUGUAUUUGGAUGAAGAUGAGGAGAGGUAUGCACAAGGGAAAGGACAUUUGUACUAAAGUAGAUGCUGUUUUUGUCAAGCUGUUCCUGUGCAGAUGGCUUUGAAUCAGUGAGCCAUGGAAAUGUUUGCCUUGAGGAAACGAGAGAAAUGAUGAUGGCAUUGCUGGAGCUGUAGAAAAUAAUGGCAUUUGGAAAAGAGGUAAUUUUGAUGUGUUUUAAAACAGAAGCGCGGCAUGUGGAGAAGAUGUCAUUAUCAGAGAAAGCAUGCAGUUUAUGAAGUUUGACAAAACUGCCGAUUGUCACUUUUUGACAAGACCAUGUCAACUAAGUUUUUGUACAUCCCUGCUGAAUAAAUAGUACAGCUUAUACCAGCCUAAGCUGGUUUUCUGAUCUUAGCUGGUCUGACAGACUCGGCUAAAGCUAAUUUGGUUUGCUGGUUUUAAAGGGGUUUCUGGCUCAGUGGUUGGGAGACCUGUAAGACCAGUUAAAUCAGAUGAACACCGACUUGGCAAGCUGGGAGACAAACUAGACCUGUAUAAACGAGCUAAGCAAGCACACCAGCUUAGACUGGUGAUGUAUUUUCAGCAGGGUGUGGAGAACCCAGAUAAAAAAAAAUUAAAAAACACUGCGUUUUAUUUGUUAAAGGCCUGACGCGUUUUAUAUAGAGUUGACGGAAAGUUGGACACAGAGAUUGAAAAGCAACCUUCAAAGACGUUAGCGUGAUUAGAGCUCUGCCAAACUAGCCUGUCUGUGGCUGAAAAAAGCAACACUACCACCUGGUGGAGAAAAAGUAUAGCACGGCGAAAUUCGGCCAAUUUCCAUGAUUUUAUAUAUAUAUAUAUAUAUAUAUAUAU